AUGGAAGGAAUCGCUUCUGCAAACCCUUCAUCUGUCUCAUCUUUUAACGCUCCUGUAAAAAAUGCACCAAAUGGAUCUCAGGCACCAUCAUCAAAUCCAGCAUAUGCACAAUGUAGCGUGGAUGGACUUAAGGAUUGCGAUAAGUUGGUUAUAGACUACCUGCAGCAGCAUUCAGAAUUCAGAUAUGUUUAG